AUAUCUGCCGAGAGCUCAGUGUCACCGCAGUCUCACAGGGGACCUGCCCCAGUCAUGUGUGCCUUCAUCUGCCUCCUCUUCCUCCUCUCUCUGCACUAUGGAUCCACUGAUUACAAUGGACAUGACAAGGAGUAUGAGACAAUAGAGGGAACCAUUGGCAAGCCUCUCGACCUUCCUGCUAACAUCACAAAGCCCAAUCAGAAACAUUGGCUGAGGAAAAUGAUGGACGAUGGGCGCAGGAAAAAAAUAUUACAGUACGAUCCCCAGAACAAGAACAAAUCAGUUUUCGACGCUGAUUUGUUCAGGUUCAAUGUCAGUAAGAUGGAGUUCGAGAUUGUGAAGGUACAGAGAGAGCACGAGGGGCGCUAUAUCAUUACGGAGGAUGGAGAUACAGAGUUUGAUCUUGCCAAAUACUAUAUCAAAGUUUACGAACAGAUCAGCAGAGUUUCCAUUGGGCUGGCUGAGAACCCAAUCAAUGAGAGCUGUGUGAUCACGCUGAACUGUACGACGCAGGAAGGAGACCACGUCAUGUACAACUGGAGCCAAAACCAGAAAUAUUUAAAGCACAACAGCAGCGUGUUACAGGUCACUCUAUCGCCCAGCACUGCCAACGUCUCCUAUACCUGCAGAGCCAGCAAUCCCGUCAGUCAGGGCGUCAGUUCCAUCACCCCCCUUGUGGCCAGAUGCAGUACUACCCCAGAGGAAAGAUGGGACACACUCCUAAUUGUGGUUCUUGCAAUUCUUUUGCCAGCUCUUGUGCUGUUAGUACUUAUUGGCAAAUACAUACAGGUAUAUUGUGCAACAGAGAAAGGAUCAUUUUCAUUGGAUCCGCAAAGGCCACAUCCAGUGCCGGGGCCUGUUCCAGAACCUGUGCAAACAACACAUACAGUCUAUGCUACUGUUCAGAAAGGAUCAUUUUCAUUGGAUCCGCAAAGGCCACAUCCAGUGCCGGGGCCUGUUCCAGAACCUGUGCAAACAACACAUACAGUCUAUGCUACUGUUCAGAAAGUUCAGGCUCCGGUGAAUUUACCAACUACGGAACAUUGUACUAUAUAUGAGCUUGCAGGCCCGGUGGGGAAUCAGUCACACCAGACCACAGUACCCUGAGAGAGCCAGUGGCUUCAACUCAUAUUUCUGUACAUACAAUUAUCCAACCUUGUUCAUCGUGGGAUGCGCCAGUCACGCCCCCUACAGGACCGGAUCUCUGAACAACAUUCCGAGAAGCAGAACCAGCACUUUCUUUCUACUGAAUUCCGACUUCCAAACCUGUCUCUUCUGCUGGCGAUUUUGGGCAUCUGAUCCCUUCCGGCUCUGCUAGGGGCCUAGAGACAUUGAAGCCAAAUCAGGGAUUUACCUGAUGGCCACAAGAAUUCAGCACAAGGGAAAGAACUGGAUUAAUCUAAUUGGACACUGGGUAUCCAAAAGAUCAGCAGCGGCUGUUUAGGCCCCAGGCCCAGGAACCUGAGUGCAACCAUUUUGGGAGAAGGAAGGGGGUACAAUUUGAGGAAAUCUUCACCCCUGGGGCCCUGUGGAUUGACAUACUGGUAUAGCCAGUGAGGUUCCAAUAGGCUGAUGGUGGUGCCAUGUUGUCAGCAAGUAACGUGACUGCUGUGAUGUGGUCUCCUGCUGCCUCUAAUGGGUUAAUGGUAGCACGGGGGGCAGUAAUAUGGAGGGACCCUCCUGUAUUUUGGGCCUGAGGAGGCACCAGUGUCGUAACUAUAGAGGAAACAGACCCAAUGGUCAUGGGGGAGCCCAGGGGACAGGGGGCCCUAGACCACGGUGUCUGCUGCCUCUAUAGCUUUAGUGAACUCCCCUCCCUACCACUCUCCUACCUGGGGGUGUGAGGGAGGAGUGGGCGGAGAGUUAGGAUGUAAGGGGUGGGUGCAGAAUGGAAGGGGCGGUUACUUAGGGGUUGCAUUGUGUGUUGGGACCCUCUGCAGAUUUUUUGCAGGGGGGCCAGGUGUGGUCUAGGAACACAACUGGGGGGCAAAAAGCUCUUCCAAAUGAUUAAAACUAUGGGGUUUCUCAUUCAUUCAUUCAUUCAUUCAAACCCUGUGGCAAUUUGGACCUGUUCGACUGCAACUUUAUGGCUUUAUGGCUGCCAAAGGUGAGAAGUGACAGUGCAAGUUGUAGGAUCAAUACUAGAUUGCAGCUCUAAUAACUACUGAGCGGAGUAUCCCCCAGAAACGACAGACCCCCUACAUUUUAAUUAUCUGGAGAAAAAGUUUGAGGAAGGAAUGCACAUAUAUACUGUAUAUACAUAUAUUUUUUUUAAAGAAAGGUCUAUUCAACUCAGUAAAUAAAUGAAAUAAAUGCAGCUGGAGAAGGUACCUGGAUACUCAAUAUGAUCCAGAUGCUUCACCAAAAUCUGCUAUAUCAUUACUACCUCGUUUUUUUCUAUAUAUAUUUUUUAAAAGUCAAUGUAUUUUUUAAUAAAAAGCCAUUAAAAUACAGUUACCGGUA